AUGGAGAGAACCCUAGCCGUCAGUCCCCGUCCCGCCCCGCCGUCUCGCUCGCCCCGCCCUGCAGUCUCGCUCGCCCCGCCCCGCCCUGCAGUCUCGCUCGCCCCGCCCCGCCGUCUCGCUCACCCCGCCCUGCCCCGCCGUCUCGCCCGCCCCACCCCGCCUGUCCCGCUCGCCCUCGCCGUGGCCGAUGACCGCGACCCCGUCGUCCCGCCCCGCUCGUCGUGGCCGAUGCCCCGCCGCCUCGCCCCCCCUCCCCCGCCCGUCCCGCUCGCCGUGGCCGGUGACCGCGCCACCAGGGACCGCGGCCACUCGAUGAGGAGGCCUGGACCUUGGCGCAGACCCGUGCCCCCGUGCGGCGGCGGCGGCGGCAGAUCCUUCCUCAUCGCGGAACCAGCCCUCCCGCCGGUGCCAUGCCGCGCCGCGAUGCCGCUGGCUUGGAGGCCCGUGUUCAGGCAGCCGCCGCGGCGUCGGCGCCGGAUGCGGUGGCAGGCUCUCAGGGGACCGCUUGGCAGGGGGGCCGUCGCGGCUUCCGGCCGUCCUCCUCACCAUUAUCACCCAGCGAUCCUCCCCGCCCUGGCGCGGCCUCUGACCUCGACGGUGGCUGCUAAACCCGCAGUCUACCUUGAGGAGAGGGAUUAG